AUGGCUGAGGCUGACCCUCUAAAUUCUACUAACGUGCGCCUAAUAGACCAACCUCCAACCCCUACCUCACCGCCCAUUGACUCUCUUCCUCCUAAUGUGCACCAGGGCCAGGGGGACCAAUCAGUACAUACUACAGUGAAUAUACCUAUCACUGCGACUGCGUCUGCAAGUGAGAGUAUAUCUUCUGCAAAGAUCAAAUCACCAUCAAAGACCGCCAUGAGCUCCACCUCCUCCGGUGGCUCACCUCGGCCAGGUACCGGAAAACACCAUAGUUAUCGUGGGAUACGUAGUCGAAGCGGCAAGUGGGUGUCGGAGAUUCGGGAGCCACGUAAGACUACACGUAUAUGGCUCGGCACCUACCAAACGGCUGAGAUGGCGGCGGCCGCCUACGACGUGGCGGCCUUGGCACUCAAAGGCAGCGACGCUGUACUGAAUUUCCCAAAUCACGUUCAUUCGUAUCCCAUACCGGCGUCACCGUCCCCGGCGGAUAUACGUAGUGCUGCAGCUGGUGCAGCGGCGUUUAUUAAGGAGGAAAGGAGUGGCGGUGGGCGGAGCACGGUUGUGGGACUACCGGGAAGUGAUGACACGGGUGGUGAAUGUAUGGCAAUGCCGGGACAUGAGUUCAUCGACGAAGAUGAGCUGUUUGAUAUGCCAAAUUUGCUGGUGGGCAUGGCGGAGGGAUUGUUGGUUAGCCCACCGAGAAUUGAGUCACCGCCAUCGGACGACUCCCCUGGAAAUUCUGAUGUAGACAGCCAUGAGGAACUUGAAUGCAGGAGGAAGAAACCAAUGGAGCAAUUGAUGGUCUCAGAAGGAAAGAAUCCAGUCAUAGAAUUAGUAGAAGGAGAAAAGGAAACUAAGGACAAGAGCAAUGGAAAGAAUUCUAUAGAGGCAAGUGUAGAGCAAAUUAAGGGGAAGGAAAUAAUGCAAAAUUCAAAUUCUGGGAAAACAAAUAAGGAAACAGCAUAUCAAGGAAAAUCUCAGUCACAGUUAAAGCACUCAAAACCAACACAUUAG